CAGGCUCCAGUCCCCCUGCGACCCUGUACACAGGAUUACGCGGUAUAGACGAUAACUGAGCAUCUUCCUUCAUCACCAUGUCUGAGAGAGUUCACGUCGGCCGGAAGUUGUUUGGAGUUCUCGCGAGAUUUCCGGUUGCUAGGAUCACGAUAUCUCCUGAGGAACCUAACUGACUGGAUGUAGCGCUACACACCGCGUUUCUCCGUUAAACCUUACCUGCUUUAUCCAGGUGGUGGCGCCGGACCGUGUUGAAGGAAGGAACCCAGGGCGUGAGUGCAGAACGGACGGCAUGGCAGAAACGGCCGAGAGCAAGAAGGAGGAGGCAGACUACAAGCGGCUGCACAGUUUUCCUCUGAUCAGGCACACAGAUAUGCCAGAGGAGAUGAGGGUGGAGACAAUGGAGCUGUGCGUUACAGCGUGCGAGAAGUUCGCGACCAACAACGAGAGUGCAGCCAGGAUGAUCAAGGAGUCGAUGGACAAGAAGUUCGGCAGCUCGUGGCACGUGGUGAUCGGCGAGGGCUUCGGCUUCGAGAUCACGCAUGAGGUCAAAAACCUCCUCUACAUGUUUUUCGGGGGCAGCCUGGCCGUGUGCGUGUGGAAGUGCUCGUAACAGUCACACGGCCGUGCGGAUUCUUCUCCGUGAACCGCAAAACAACAACUGCUGGAGACAAAUCGCCAAAAAAAUAAUAACAAAUAAAAACAUAAAACCCUGAUCCUUUUGCACACACCCACACACAAAAAUCUCUCAGCGAUGAAAAUUAGCAAGAGACAUGUGACAUUUCACGCUUUUUCUCUCAUUGUUCGACGACUCUCACAUUCUGUGUACUGCCAGACCAUCUGGGCGUUUGGUGCUGUUUCUGCCCCUCUUUCUCUCUUUCAAUGUCUGUCUCUUUUUCAAUCUCACACCUCCUCUCCAACUGUCCCUCUCAUGUCAUCUUGUCCCUGAUGUCUUGAAAAUGUAUUUUUUUAUAAUACUAAAUCUAUUUUUUUAGUCAUAGACUGUGAAUACUACAUGUAUAUAGUUUAUAAAAUGUAAUUGUCAACUUUUUGCACAAUUUCUUUUUGUUUCAAAUUUUAUUGUUUAUUGAAUAAAAGCAUUUUCUGAUG